AGGAGGGGGGAGCCGGGAGACGCGGACACCGUCACUCAGGGACGCUGAGGAGGAGGCCGGAGAGGGGGUGGGGGCGAGAUCGGGCUCCAGCCCCCGACCGAGGGGAUGAGGGGAGUAUGGGCGCCAAGGAGUCACGGAUCGGAUUCCUUUGCUACGAGGAGGCGCUGAGGAGAGUUACAGAUGUAGAGCUGAAACGGCUGAAAGAUGCCUUCAAGAGGACGUGUGGACUUUCCUAUUACAUGGGCCAGCAUUGCUUCAUCAGGGAAGUGCUUGGGGAAGGAGUGCCUCCGAAAGUUGCUGAGGUGAUUUACUGCUCUUUUGGUGGAACAUCCAAAGGACUUCACUUCAAUAACUUAAUAGUUGGUCUUGUCCUUCUUACAAGAGGCAGAGAUGAAGAGAAAGCAAAAUACAUUUUUAGUCUUUUUGCAAGUGAAUCUGGGAGCUAUGUUGUACGGGAAGAAAUGGAAAGAAUGCUUCAUGUGGUGGAUGGUAAAGUCCCAGAUACACUUAGAAAAUGUUUCUCAGAGGGUGAAAAAGUAAACUAUGAAAAGUUUAGAAAUUGGCUGCUUCUAAACAAAGAUGCUUUUACCUUCUCUCGUUGGCUACUCUCUGGAGGUGUAUAUGUUACCCUCACUGAUGAUAGUGAUACUCCCACUUUCUACCAAACUCUGGCUGGAGUUACACACUUGGAGGAAUCAGACAUCAUUGAUCUGGAAAAACGCUACUGGUUGCUAAAGGCUCAAUCCAGGACUGGACGAUUUGAUUUAGAGACAUUUGGUCCAUUGGUUUCACCACCUAUUCGUCCAUCAUUAAGUGAAGGUUUAUUUAAUGCAUUUGAUGAGAAUCGUGACAAUCACAUAGAUUUUAAAGAGAUAUCCUGUGGGUUAUCAGCCUGUUGCAGAGGACCAUUGGCUGAAAGGCAAAAAUUUUGUUUCAAGGUAUUUGAUGUUGACCGUGAUGGCGUUCUCUCCAGGGUUGAAUUGAGAGACAUGGUAGUCGCACUUUUAGAGGUUUGGAAGGAUAACCGCACUGAUGAUAUUCCUGAAUUACAUACAGAUCUGUCUGACAUUGUAAAAGGCAUACUGAAUGCACAUGACACCACAAAGAUGGGCCAUCUUACUCUAGAAGACUAUCAGAUAUGGAGUGUGAAAAAUGUUCUUGCCAACGAAUUUCUGAAUCUCCUUUUCCAGGUAUGCCACAUAGUUCUUGGGUUAAGACCAGCUACUCCAGAAGAGGAAGGACAAAUUAUUAGAGGAUGGUUAGAACGAGAGAGCAGGUAUGGUCUGCAGCCUGGACACAACUGGUUUAUCAUCUCCAUGCAGUGGUGGCAGCAAUGGAAAGAGUAUGUCAAAUAUGACACGAGCCCUGUUAUAAUUGAACCAUCAUCUGUUCUGAAUGGAGGAAAAUACUCAUUUGGAACAGCAGUACAUUCUGUGGAACAAAGUGAAGAUAGAAUUGGAGGAGGCAGCCUUAGUUAUGGUAACUCCACAGAGGAGAAAUUUUCAGACAACAUUUCUACUGCAUCUGAAGCCUCAGAAACUACUGGAAGUGGCUUUCUGUAUUCUCCCACACCAGGGACAGAUAUGUGCUUUGCUCGACAGCAUAACACUUCUGACAAUAACAACCAGUGUUUGUUAGGAACCAAUGGUAAUAUUUUGUUGCACCUCAGUCCUCAGAAACCAGGGGCUAUUGAUAACCAGCCACUGGUAACUCAAGAACCAGUAAAGGCUACAUCAUUAACACUAGAGGGAGGACGGUUAAAACAAACUCCACAGCUGAUCCAUGGAAGAGAUUAUGAAAUGGUUCCAGAACCUGUGUGGAGAGCACUCUAUCAUUGGUAUGGAGCAAACCUGGCCCUACCUAGGCCUGUGAUCAAGAAUAGCAAGACCGAAAUCCCAGAGCUGGAGUUAUUUCCUCGAUAUCUUCUCUUCCUGAGACAACAACCUGCCACUAGGACACAGCAGUCUAACAUCUGGGUGAAUAUGGGUAUGAUGAGCCUGAGAAUGUUUCCUCAGCAUUUACCAAGAGGAAAUGUACCUUCACCAAAUGCACCAUUAAAACGGGUCUUAGCCUAUACUGGCUGUUUUAGUCGAAUGCAGACCGUCAAAGAAAUUCAUGAAUAUCUUUCUCAGAGACUGCGCAUCAAAGAGGAAGAUAUGCGCCUAUGGCUUUACAACAGUGAGAAUUACCUUACUCUUCUGGAUGAUGAGGAUCAUAGAUUGGAAUAUUUGAAAAUCCAAGAUGAACAACACCUGGUAAUUGAAGUUAGGAACAAGGAUAUGAGCUGGCCUGAGGAAAUGUCCUUUAUAGCAAACAGUAGUAAAAUAGACAGACACAAGGUUCCCACAGAAAAGGGAGCCACAGGUCUGAGUAACCUGGGAAACACAUGCUUCAUGAACUCAAGCAUCCAGUGUGUUAGUAACACACAGCCACUAACACAGUACUUUAUAUCAGGCAGACAUCUUUAUGAACUCAACAGAACAAAUCCCAUUGGUAUGAAAGGGCAUAUGGCUAAAUGCUAUGGGGAUUUAGUACAGGAACUUUGGAGUGGAACUCAGAAGAAUGUUGCCCCAUUAAAGCUUCGGUGGACCAUAGCAAAAUAUGCUCCUAGGUUUAAUGGGUUCCAGCAGCAAGACUCCCAAGAACUUCUGGCUUUUCUCUUGGAUGGUCUUCAUGAAGAUCUUAACCGAGUUCAUGAGAAGCCAUAUGUGGAACUGAAGGACAGUAAUGGCCGACCCGACUGGGAAGUAGCUGCAGAGGCCUGGGACAACCAUCUGAGAAGGAAUAGAUCAAUUGUUGUGGAUUUGUUCCAUGGGCAGCUAAGGUCUCAAGUCAAAUGCAAGACAUGUGGGCAUAUAAGUGUUCGAUUUGAUCCUUUUAAUUUUUUGUCAUUGCCACUACCAAUGGACAGUUAUAUGCACUUAGAAAUAACAGUUAUUAAAUUAGAUGGUACUACUCCUAUACGAUAUGGACUUAGGCUGAAUAUGGAUGAAAAAUAUACAGGAUUAAAAAAACAGCUGAGUGACCUCUGUGGACUUAAAUCAGAACAAAUUCUUCUUGCGGAAGUACAUGGUUCCAACAUAAAGAAUUUCCCUCAGGACAACCAAAAAGUACGUCUUUCAGUGAGUGGAUUUCUGUGUGCAUUUGAAAUUCCCAUCCCUGGAUCUCCAAUUUCAGCUUCUAGUCCAAUACAGACAGACUUCUCCUCCUCUCCCUCUACAAAUGGAAUAUUUGCCCUAACCACCAAUGGCGACCUACCUCGACCACUGUUUAUCCCUAAUGGAAUGCCAAACACUGUUGUGCCAUGUGGAACUGAGAAGAACUUCACAAAUGGAAUGGUGAAUGGUCAUAUGCCAUCUCUUCCUGACAACCCCUUUACGGGCUACAUCAUUGCAGUGCACCGAAAAAUGAUGAGGACAGAACUGUAUUUCUUGUCAUCUCAGAAGAAUCGUCCUAGCCUCUUUGGAAUGCCACUGAUUGUUCCAUGUACUGUGCAUACCCGGAAGAAAGACUUGUAUGAUGCAGUUUGGAUUCAAGUAUCUCGAUUAGCCAGCCCACUUCCACCUCAGGAAGCUAGUAACCAUGCUCAAGACUGUGAUGACAGUAUGGGCUAUCAAUACCCGUUCACUCUACGAGUUGUGCAGAAAGAUGGAAACUCCUGUGCUUGGUGCCCAUGGUAUAGAUUUUGCAGAGGUUGUAAAAUUGAUUGUGGAGAAGACAGAGCUUUUGUUGGAAGUGCCUACAUUGCUGUGGAUUGGGAUCCCACAGCACUUCAUCUGCGCUAUCAAACAUCACAGGAAAGGGUUGUAGAUGAACAUGAGAGUGUAGAACAGAGUCGGCGAGCCCAAGCUGAGCCCAUCAAUCUGGACAGCUGUCUCCGUGCUUUCACAAGUGAGGAGGAACUUGGGGAAAAUGAAAUGUACUAUUGCUCCAAAUGUAAGACCCACUGCUUGGCAACAAAGAAGUUGGAUCUCUGGAGACUUCCUCCCAUCCUGAUUAUUCACCUUAAACGAUUUCAAUUUGUAAACGGCCGAUGGAUAAAAUCACAGAAAAUUGUUAAAUUUCCUCGUGAGAGUUUUGACCCUAGUGCUUUUUUGGUACCAAGAGACCCAGCUCUCUGCCAGCAUAAACUGCUAUCACCCCAGGGAGAUGACUUCUCUGAGCCCAGGGUUCCAGCAGGAGAGGUGAAGAAAGGAGAUACCCAGAACUCAGCCGGGGAAGAGGAUAUUCUCCUCAGCAAGAGCCCUUCCUCACUGAGUGCAAACAUCAUCAGUAGCCCAAAAGGCUCGCCUUCUUUAUCAAGAAAAGGUGGAGCCAGCUGUCCAUCCAGCAAAAGCAGCAGCCCUAACAGCAGCCCACGGACUUUAGGGAGAAGCAAAGGCAGGCUCCGGCUACCCCAGAUCGGCAGCAAAAAUAAACUGUCAAGUAGUAAGGAGAACUUGGAUGCCAGCAAAGAAAAUGGGUCUGGGCAAAUUUGUGAGCUGGUUGGGCACAUGCUGGGGGGCAGCCAACCUGACCUGGUCACCCCUCAGGACCACGAAGUAGCUUUGGCCAAUGGGUUUCUUUAUGAGCAUGAGGCAUGUGGCAAUGGCUACAACAAUGGUCACCUUGAAAACCAUAGUGAAGAAGACAGCACUGAUGACCAAAGAGAAGAUAUUCAUGUUAAACCUAUUUAUAAUUUAUAUGCAAUUUCGUGCCAUUCAGGAAUUCUGGGCGGGGGCCAUUAUGUCACGUAUGCCAAAAACCCAAACAGCAAAUGGUACUGUUACAAUGACAGCAGCUGUAAGGAACUUCACCCUGAUGAAAUUGACACCGACUCUGCCUACAUUCUUUUCUAUGAGCAGCAGGGGAUAGACUGUGCACAAUUUCUGCCAAAGAUUGACGGCAAAAAGAUGGCAGAUACAAGCAGCAUGGAUGAAGACUUCGAGUCCGAUUAUAAGAAGUACUGUGUGUUACAGUAAAGCUGCCGCUGGGCUGCUAGACAGACUGGUAGUGAGGGAAAUGAUUCCCUAUAGCUGACAUUUGGCAGAAGUGUCACUGAAAGGCGAGCUAAAUGUAGUUAUUUUAUCCUGUGACCCUGAAGCACAAAAUAAAGUACCUAAUUAAAAUAGUAUUAACCUAACAGUAGUAAUAAUUUUGUUUGGAAGUGUCUCACAUAAGCUCUCUGGUAGAGAACUUUCAGGCAGAGUCCACCAUUCGCCUGUAAACAAGAGUUUGGCACCAACCAGUUGGGACCAAAUAAGAAAUAAAUUGUGCUUCUCCAGAUAUGAACAAACAUGUAGUGAGUAUAGAGUUUACCAAUAAUCAGAUUAACAAAAUACUAAGGAUUUCCUUGGAGUCCAAAUAAAACAAAAAAUUGUAGUGUUGUCUAGGGACGACAUGAUAUGCUACCUCCUUUUUCCUGAAAUUUUAUUCCAUUUAUAGUGACAAGAUGGAGGAAGCGAGAUGGUGAAGAUAUGCGAAGGAUUCUUAGGGCAUGGACAGAGUUUUUCUAUUUAUAUUUAAACCACUCUUCCACUCUACAUCUUUUAUUAUCAUUUGUUGUUGUGUUUGACAUACAAAGGUAGAGGUUUAUAUAAUGGUCAAUCUGAAAGGGAGAAUCUCUUUUUAAGGGCUGCAUGCCUUCUACCGAUGGACCCUAUAAGGAGAAAAGAAAAUCCUAAGAAGUACCAGCUAAAAAUGGCCCUCCAGAUGGAGGUGUCUUAAUUUGAGGAUAAAGUCCAAUGUUCUCAAAAAGUCUCCUUUCCACUCCCACUAAGUGCUGUAGAAUUGUUGCCAAUAUUUGCACCAUCUUCACAUGCCCAUGUUGCACAAAGAGCUUCUGAGAAGGAAAUGGCAUCAAAGGAAAUGGUAUAUUCACAUUUAGUGGUUGCUCUUUAUUUCUUUGUUUUGCACUUUUUAAAAAUAAACAGGAGACUACGUGCAAAUGAACUUUUAAAAAACUUGUUGAUAUUUGAUGGCUGCAAGGGCUAUAAAUUGAUUUAAAUGGGGGUAUUGCUCCCCUUCAUAUUAAAUCUACAAACAAAACACAUCCCAAACACUGAUAGUGUUAUUUCUAAUGGAAUUGAUAGUUUUAAAAACUCAAUUUUUUGUUCUAUUUUGUUUGCAUGUCCAUUUUGUUUUGUUUGGGUGUUUGUCUUUUUAUUUUUUUAGUUUCACAGUAGUGAUCAUCAAAAGUAAUGUUCUUUUAUUUUUUCCACUGACAUUCAAAACUGGAACAAAAUUAUAGAUGUUAUUUAUUUCAGGGAGUGUUUUUUCCCCCUGUGUUGUUUUGAAAUAUAUAUUCAGAGUAACUGUUUGACUUUUUUCCAGUCUGAUUUUAUUCACCUGAACUUGGGAAGUUGAUUUUCAUUGUUAGAUUUCAUUACCCUUCCUUCCUCAUAGAUAGUAGGUACCAAUAUAAUUAUUUAGGUUCUGAUAUCUGAGGCUACUUACCAUCCAUUUCUUGUCAGAAUAUUUGAAAGAUUGUUAUAAAAGUCUACCUAUUCAAAAACAGACUGUGAUGCAAGUUGGAAGGAGUUACCUAAAGUGGUAUAAUGUGAUGAAAUCAGAUAAAAUGCAGACUUUAUAGCUUCAUAAUUUUUCAGUACCUAAAUCUAUCUAUUCCUACCUGGACAAGUCUCAUGGGAAAAAAAUGGAAGAAUUUAAAUAAUUUCCUCACAGAUAUUUUAUUUAAGCAGGUAGCACAAUCUACUAAUGUUGUUUGAUCUGUGUUUGUUACAUUGGUUGUAAUUAAUUUUUUAAUUCAUGACUAGCAGAAAAUUUAUUAAAUUAACUAUUAACUACAUUCACCUUGUAAAUUAUUGUAUAAUACUUGUUGACAAUGCACUGACUUUAGAAAGAUGUCGAUGUACAUAGAGUGUAAAUAAAAUAGUAUUGAUGUACUGAAAUAUGAACUGUAUAGAAAGUACUGGUGAUUGUAUAUGGAGUGUGCCUGUUCAUCUGUGACUAUUAUCCAAGCAGAUCAGAUACUGUGAUGCGUCUACGUGAUGUUUUUCUUCUAUACAAGUAAACAUUUAAAAAAGUCAAA